AUGUCUUCCUUCGUCAAGGAUCCAGAGCUCUGCCAGAAAUACGCCCAGUUUGCCUCGCACAUGGUGAGAUGGCAGUUCAAGAUCAUCUACUGGACCUUGUUCAUGAGCAACCUCGUCGUUCUCUUCCUCGCCUCAUGGACAUUCACAAGAGGACAAAAGGCCAUAGAACAGUUCAGCGAUGAGAAACGAAAACGGUCAAAGAGCCUGCGGCUCUACAUAUUUCUCUGCCUCGGAUGUGUUGCUGUGUCGACCACAAUCGUCAUCAUGGAGGCAUACUCGCUCCUGGCACUCCAGUUCUGCGAUGGUGAGGACCUCAUGUCGCUCUACUGGUCUACAUGGACCAUGAUCCAGGUCGGGUCUCUGAUCGCCAUGGUCGGCAUCAUCCUGGCCCUCGCCCACGCCCUCAACGACCGGAAGCACCCACCGUGGGCACUCGCCCUGGGAACCCCAGUCCUCGUCAUCGCCGGGUUUCUGCAUCUCUUCCAUGACUGCACCAAGUCGAGAAUCAAGAAGUACCGCGCGAAGAACUCAGAUGACGAUGACGAUAUCAACCAAGGCCCACCAAUGAGCCAGGCCAACACCAUCCAAGCACCGGAAGACGCAGACGAAGACGACGCCGUCCACGGCGAGUUCAUCGGCUUCACGGUCGAGGGCGGUCCCAUUGUCCGGUUCUCCAACCGCUUCGGCAAGGACAUGCUACCAAGGAACGCGGAGCUCCUGGGCUUCUGCAACGACGAUCGCCCCAUCGUCGCAUACCACAAGGACUCCAUCAGGUUCAUCAGCGAGUCCGAGAAGGACACCAUCGCCAAGGGCCAGAACAAGGGCAAGGCCUAG